AUGAGUACUACGGCAAAACCCUUACCGUUAGACCAACAGUUUAUUAUUAACCGAAAAGGGGUUAUCGACGAAAGAGUGCCAGCUUUGCAUUCGUCAUGGAUAGAAAAUCAUUAUUUUGUUUCCUAUACACCAUCACCAUCAGAUGAAAAUAAUAAAUCUGAAAUAGAACAGUGGACUGAACGUAUGGAAUUUAUCUCUAAUGAUUUGAAAUGGUUACUACAAUUAACACAUCGGCAAUUUUGGUGUGAAGUUGCGUUCAAUAAAGAUUUUCAUGUUUUGCUCGAUUCUUACUUACGUUAUGCUCCACGUCCACAACGUUCGUUUAUAGAUAACAAUACAGAUGUUUCAUUAGAUGAUGGGAAAGAUUCUUUACAGCAAAAUGUUAAUCGCUUGAUGUUUAUGACGAUAUUACGAAUGUCUACGCAUAAAGAAUCUCCAACAAAUUAUUUCACUCCUGAGGGUUUCGCUGAUGCAAUUUACGAUAAUUACAUCUUUGACAUUCCAAGAAUACUCGAUAUAUGUUCACUGUAUGCAAUAAACAAUAAAGAAUUAUUAUCAAAGAUGAUCAAUAACAUAUUUAAACAACAGCCAAAGUUUCUUGAAGAUUUGAAAGUUGGUGUAAAUGCUAUUAAAGAUGUUAUAGAUAAUAUGCUCUAUGCAUUUCACACAAAAAAUAAUUAUACUGAAAAUCGUCCAAAAAAACUACUCGAAAUCAAAUCACCUGCUAAUAUUUAUUCUUAUGAACAAAUAAUUGAUAUGCUGUUGUUUGAUAAUGAACUAAGCGACAUUUAUGAAGAAUCAAAAUAUGAAACAAUAACGUUAUUCAAUGAAUUAUUAUCAUCUUGUUGUAUAGAUCCUUUAUUGCACAAUCAAAAUGAAAAUGAUCAAGUUGAAAAUCUAGUUCAGAUCUGUUCAUUGUUAUCAAGUGAAAAACAUUUUUUAGCAGCAUUCGAAGAUUAUUAUAGUUUUAUUGAUGUAAUUGAUACUGUCCAACAAACAACAGGAUUAUUAGAUACACAACAAAUUAUGUUUUAUACAAACGCUGUUUAUGAAGCCAUUGAAUUGUAUGGAACACCGUCAUGUAAACAAAAACUGUCGACUUUAUCGACAUUGAAUGAAUUAGUUGACAAAAAUGAAGCUUCGUCAAAUGUUAAUCCAGCCGUUAAAACUAUACAAGAUUUCUUUCCGGAUUUAAGUGAUACAUAUAUUCUUUUGACGUUAUAUGAUAGUUUAAAAACAAGGUUUGCUAAAUGA